GCAGGAUUUGCACAAAGUCUCCCAUUUCAAGUUGUGUGUCUCCUGGAGUCCUGGGGAAGGCGCCCAUUCCACCCCCUGCUCCCUUCUCAGAGCCCCAAGAAUGGAUGAGAAACCCCUUCUCUACCACACGCAGGACUCCCAGGGGGAAGUACGGAGGACUGGCAUGGAGAGACUUGACCAGUGACCCACACACUGCUAGAUUCCCGGCCCACAGCUUCUCCUUCCUCAGCCACAGCUUACAGAGCGGAUACAGUCUCUGCACUUUGGGAAGCCAAGGCAGGAAGACAGCUUGAAAUCAAGAAUUCAAGACCAGCCUGAGAAACACAGUGUGAGACCCUGCCUCUACAGAAAACAAAAAUAAAUUAGCCGGGCAUGGUGAUGUGUGCUUGUAGUCCCAGCUACUCAGGAGGCUGAGGCAGGAGGAUCACUUGAGCCCAGGAGUUCAAAGUUGCAGUGAGCCAUGAUCAUCCCACUGUACUCCAGUCUGGACAAUAAAGCAACACCCUAUCCCUAAGAAAAAAAAUCUCUGGGGGUGGGAUCCAAGCAACAACAAGUUUGAAAACUCCCCAGCUGUCUCAGCAGUUCUUUAACCAAUCUGAGAUAAGGCUUCAACAGGUGAAAACUUGAAGGUUACAACUAUCUGAGGCUGGGUGCAGAUAAGUCAUGUGUUCCUUGGACUUCUUCUGUGUACCCAAACAGUCGAGAAUGAAGGUUAAAAAAACAGCUCAUGUUCAAACACGGAAACAGAAACUGAACUGAAUACCGAAACUGAAACUGUUUUUCUCUACCUGGGAGUCAGCAAACCUGAAAGCUACUCUCUGAGCUUCAGAGGGAAAAAAUGGUUGUAGAUACCCGGACUUGGGAGCAGACAUUUCAAGAACUAAUCCGAGAGGCAAAACCCUGGGCCACAUGGACGCUGAAGCUGGAUGGGAACCUUCAGCUAGACUGCCCGGUGCAAGGGUGGAAGCAAUACCAACAGAGAGCAUUUGGCUGGUUCCGGUGUUCCUCCUGCCAGCGGAGUUGGGCUUCUGCCCAAGUGCAGAUUCUGUGCCACACCUAUUGGAAGCACUGGACAUCACAGGGCCAGGUGCGUGUGAGGGUCUUUGGCCAAAGGUGCCAGAAGUGCUCCUGGUCCCAAUAUGAGAUGCCCGAGUUCUCCUCAGGUAGCACCACGAGGAUUCUAAACAACCUGGUGCAGCAUAUAUUGGAGAAAUACUACAGAAAUGGCAUGAGGAAGUCUUCAGAAAUGCCAGUAAUCCUGGAAGUGCCCCUGGAUGGGUCCCAUGACACAGCCAAUUGUGAGGCAUGUACUCUGGGUGUCUGUGGACAGGGCUUAAAAAGCUACAUGACAAAGCCAUCCAAAUCCCCACUCUGCCACCUAUAUAUUCGGAGUUCCUCACCUGGAACUGGUGUAUACAUCCCAAACCCAGCCAAGAACCAGUCAGCUGGGGCCAAGGGUGCUAAGGGGAGUGAGUAUGAGAAAUUAGGGCCCAGCGAUGGCUCAGAUCCAUUGGUCAUCUAUGUCACUAUUCUGCUGCUUGUCCUUAUGGUAGUCAAAUGCUUUACAUCAGAAUGAUGGAAAUAGGUUUACCACUUCUCUGGUUUUAAUUCCAUGGAAAUCAAUGAACUGGCUGCCGUUUCAAUAUGACUGAGAAUUCACUGUGAGACUAAGGAGGAUCAAGUUUGUAGAUAAACACUGGGUUCCUAGGUAUUCUCUGAAAACUGUAAAACAUGACCAAGUACAUGAUGGAUUUAGUAAUAAAUAUUAUUGGAUUUCUAAAAA